AUGGGUCGGCCCAUGAUCGAGCCAGUGCCGAAGAGUAAGAGGUCGUUGCUGGGCGGCUUUGGCGCGAUGAUGAACAAAAUGGUGGGACGGAGUUCGAAGAAGGUCUGCCGUGUCAAGGCGGAGGCUGCGGACGACGCCGAGGACUUCUACGAUGACGAAGUGAUGUCCGAGUGUGAGGAGGAUGAGGACAUGGAAAAGGAGGAAGGGGAAGCCGACGAGAUGCAGACUGAAGCUGAAGACUUCAACGGUGGCGCAGCCUCGUCCACCGCGGGCGCUCCGGUCGGGGCCAAGACGGCUCCGACGACCGCGCCACGCACGGGCAGCGGCGGGGCGGCGGAGAAGCUGGUCAAGGCCCGAGACUACACACGUGUCGCCAAGCAAAUGGACGAGCAGUUCGAAAAGCUGGAUCCAGACAGCACCUUGCGCCCCACGAUCAUCACGCCUGGAAGCUCUUGGACCAAGUCCUCUCAACCGAAACUCCUCGCGGCACGGCAGACCGAGUCCCUGGAGGCCGAGGCCCAGCACCGAAUGAAGGACGCCGCCUUCGACCUGUUGGAUGCCAUCACCAAAUCCGGGGCGCUCCCCUUGAGCCACGCAGAGAUGCACAUCGUGGUGGCGGCGACCCAUUGCUUCGACCAAACAGUCACCGAGACCGUGAUCCAGGAGAACGUGAACCCCAUCGAGAAGGUGGAACGAUCAAGUCUCAUCAUGGCCUCCACGGUGCAUCAGCAGCCGCCCAGCGCCUUGCUCAAUGCCUCGGUACGGCCGCGCGUCCUCGCAGCGUCCCCGCAGCUGGCGGACACACCCAAAGCGGCGGAGCUGGAACGCGGUGCCGACGUGCCGGACGCAGACGCGACCGGCGCGGCAGGUGGAGGGAGGGUGGCUAACCUGACCCUCUGUGUUUCCUUGAUAUCUCCAAAUCAUUGCCCCGGCCGUUGUACAGUCUGUGGCUGCUUGUUCUUGGCAAUGAUCCACGACAAGAUCUUUGUGGUGGUAGCACCCGUGCAAAAUGGUCCUCCGAGUUGA